CUGCCGCCACGCGGGCCUCGGGAGCGGCCCUGGCUGCAGCCGCUGCGGGGGCCGUGCGCGCUGCUGCUGCAGGCGGCCUGCUCGGUGUGGAGCAGCAUCUCCGCUCGCACGCUCGUUUUUUAAAGCGCUCCGGCCCGAAUCGCGCGCCCAGUGACGUCAGCGCAGCCCGGCUUCCCAGGCACCCCCCGCCUGGCCCCACUUUCCCUCCUCCGACCCCCUCCCUUCUUUCCCGACUCCGCGGCUUGGAGGCGGCUGGCGGCGCGAGGUGCAGGCGAGUUCUCAGCGCUCGGGCUUUGCCUCCGGGGCGCGGAUUCCGGCGCUCAGCGCCGCAGGAGGGGCAGAGGAACCCCAUCCCCACCCCCACUCCCUCCCGCGUCCUGGCGACCCAGGUCAGAGAGCCGAAAGGGACCUGCUUCAGACGGACGCAGACAGACGCGCAGGGGCCGAGGGAUGCGGCACGCUUCCUCUAAGAACACUUCAAAUAAUGGAGGGACUACAUGGAGUGGUUAGAAAAAAAAAAAAAAGACUACAAUUCAAUCCAGAAAAACAGUUACACUAACAGGCGGUUUGUGAUUGGGAGCAGAACGGAUAAAGCUAUCGUUUGAGCUCCCCCUGCUGGUCGUGAGUGAUGCUUUUUCCAGAAGACAGAUGAAGAGAGUGCAAGCAGUAUGGCUGAAAGGUUCCUCGUGCCCUCACUCCAGGCAUUGUGCACUCUGGUCCCUGCUCUCUCUUCCGUCUCGGAACCUGGAUACUCCAGCUCUUGCCAAGGUGCUGACUUGCUUAAGAAGCCUAUCCUGCUCACCCCAGACACAGACACCAAUUAUCUAUGUGGUACCUCAAUCCUGGCAGUAGCAAUUUGGCUACGAGUAGGCAAAGACGGUCGAGAGAUUCUCAGUCCUGGGGAUGCUACCAUUAACCCCUAUAUUGCUGUGAAUAUCUUGAUUGCUGUGGGUGCUAUCAUCAUGAUUCUGGGUUUCCUGGGAUGCUUUGGAGCCAUGAAAGAAAACCAGUUCAUGCUUGUUUUGUUUUUCAUAGGAUUGAUUCUGAUCCUACUUCUGCAAGUGGUGGCAGGUAUCCUAGGAGCUACUAACAAAUCUAAGACUGAACGUGCUCUGAAUGAGACUCUCCAGACUAAUGUACAUCUUUUGAGUGCAACAAAUGAAAAUGGAAAACUAUUCCAGGAAGCCUUUUCUGAAAUUCAAGAAGAGUUAAAAUGUUGUGGUUUGAUCAAUGGAGCUUCUGAUUGGGGAAAUAAUUUUCAAUACUAUUACAAGUCAUGUGAAUGUCCAAGUGCAUCAGAUUCUUCUUGUACAAUGUAUGAUGGAAAAACUAUUUACAAACAGUCAUGCUUUUCUUUGCUAAGAGGCUUAUUUUCAAGACGUCUUUCCAUAGUUAUUGGGCUAGCGUUUGGACUUGCAGCUGUUGAGGUACUUGGUCUGAUAUUUUCUCUUGUCCUGUACUGCCAGAUCAGGAAGAAAUAAGUCUGUGGAUAUGUCAAGUUAUCAUCGGUCAAACCCCUUUAAAAUUUUGCUUCGGAUUUGUAACUUUAAAUAUAUGAGUGCUGUGUUAAGAGCAGCUGUCCUAUUAAAAUGUGUCAUUUAGCUAGAUCACAGAGAUCUUCCAGUCAUAUUGAACAUAUUUUAGAUUUCAGGGACACAGGAAAAUUAGAUGAAUGUGCAUUUUUCCUCAAAAUAAAAGUAACAUUGUUUACACUGAUGCUUUUUCCUGUCUGAUCAUUGUGUUCAGGUGGUACUGUGCUUAAAGCAUUCAUCUGGAGCCACCCAGUGGAAUAAUAAUCUCUAAGUAACAGGACCAUAGUUAGUUAAGGCAGUGCAUCUAGGCUUUUCAGAAGCCACACUCUGUCUUGCAUGAUGUAUCAACCAUUGGUGGUAAGAUCGAAUUAAGCCUCAUGUUGGAAGGUUGAGAGUGGCCCAGCUAAAAGAGUCACCGUCUCUUGUCUGUUUAUGCCAGUGUCAACUAAUGGUGUUUCUUUUUCUCUCUGUUGUGAGGACAAGAAGAUCUGAAUGCUGCCUUUCCAGCCAUUGAAUCUCUGGGGGACCUUCAAGCUGGUGGAGGAGUAAGACGUGAUCACCUUCCUCUGCACAAAUACAUCAGAAAUACAUCUACAUGUGGAACAACUACAGAACACCUACUGAACGCUGGCAGAAGACCUCAGACCUCCCAAAAGGCAAGACACUCCCCACGUACCUCGGUAGGGUAAAAGAAAAAAGAAAAAACAGAGACAAAGAAUAGGGACGGGACCUGCACCUCUGGGAGGGAGCUGUGAAGGAGGAAAG